AAUACAAUUCAUUCAAACAAUCACUUCAUUUGAUCCCAAGAUAUGGCACAAGAAGUGAAACACUUGAAGACAUCACUCGAGACCACAGAUGACUGCGAAGAUGAAGACAAUAAACAGAUUUACGCGAAGAACUCUUUGGACAGAUUUGGUGAUGAUUUGUAUGAAGUAUUGUUGACUUAUCUCUCACUCGAAGACCGAUUCCGUUGCGAAUGUGUGUCCAAACAGUUCCAGAGGACAGUCUUCGUGAGUGUUGUGGACAUCACUCUUAGCGAUGAAUUUAUACAGAGAUUAAUGAAUGCGAAAAGAAGUUACGUUCAAAUGUUGGCCACAAUUGCCAUAAAUGUCCAUUCAUUUCACAACAUCACAGACUUUACGAACGAUACACUGUUUGGCAAUAAUUUGCAUAAACUUGUGUUGAACUUUCAUUCCGACCCUUUUAACCACUUCUGGUCUGCAUUCGUGGCACACAAUCAGUCGCUCCAGUGUUUGGUCUUAAAGUCGUGUUAUUUUGAAAAUACUAUAUUUAUGACCGAAAUGUGCGGACAAUUGUCACGAUUAACACAAUUACGGGAAUUGAGUCUCGGGUUAGUGUUUGGAGAACUGGACGAUCAAAAGUCCGCAGUCGUGAACCAGUCUUUGCGCACAAUUGGUGUGAAUUGCAAACAAUUGCAACGAUUGUCACUCCGAUUGCAAUCUUCUACUAAUAUCUCAUUGAAUUCGUUAAGAGUUUAUCGCCGACUAAAACGAUUACAUUUAUCAGCGUUUGCGGCCAUCGAUGACCAGUUGUUGGAUCCGUUGAGUGACUGCAAGAGAUUAACGCAUUUAGGGCUGGAUUUGCCGCGAAUGACAGCAAAUGUGUUAAAAGAUUUGCAUAUAAAGUGUCCGCGACUUCAGUAUCUAUUAAUUAGUAACUUUCAUAACAACACCGAGUGUUUGUCUCACAUCUCAAGACUACCGGCGCUGCAAAUGCUUGUCAUAGACUUCGAGGAAUGGGAAUCUUAUGAUUUCUCGGACAAUGAUUUCUGGGAUUUGUUGUCUAAAAAUAUGGCACAACAGAUGAAACGCAAUAAGACAUCACUCGAGACCACAGAUGACGGCAAUGAAGACUACAUUCAACACCCAAUGAUUUACGCGAAGAACUCAAUGGACAGAUUCGGUGAUGAUUUGUGUGCACUUAUAGUUUCUUAUCUCUCACUCGAAGACCGAUUCCGUUACGAAUGUGUGUCCAAACAGUUCCAGAGGACUGUCUUCGGGAGUGUUGUGGACAUCACUCUUAACGUGCGAUUCAUAUGGAGAUUAUUGAAUGCGAAGAGAAGUGACGUUCAAAUGUUGGCCACAAUUGCCAUAAAGUGUCCGAAGAUUGAGACCAUUGACUGUCGAAGAAUAGACACUGAAUACGAGAGUCGUAUUCCCGAAAUGUUGUACUUAUUUCGUGACUAUUGCCGACAUUUGGGGGAAAUAUACUGCGAUUUGUGGGAAAAUAAUGACCAAAGUAUGCGAUCAUUGGCGCCACUCAUCACACGAAUCGGUGGUAACGUUAGGGCUCUGCCAGACAGACAAUGGCUGACUCUGUUCUACCGAUUGUCACACUUGAGGGUCGACUCUAUUGACAAAGUCUUUGACAAAUCAAACGGCAAAUUGUUGGCCAAGAAUUUGCGUAACUUUGUGUUAUUAUCGCAUUCACAACACUAUAACCAUCGCUGGCCGGCAUUCGUGGCCGCGAAUCAGUCGCUCCAGAGUCUGGCCGUAAAGAGUUGUCACUUUGUUUCUAAACAAUCGGUGCGCGAAAUGUGCGGACAAUUGUCACGGUUAACGCAAUUACGGGAACUGACACUCGGACUGACGUUGCGGUUAACGGACGGCAACAAUAUUUCAGUACUGAACGUGUUUUUGCGUAAAAUUGCCGCGAAUUGCAAACAAUUGCAACGAUUGUCACUCGAGUGGUCGUCAAUGCCUAACGAACCCCUGUUUACGUUGGAUUCGUUGCGUGUCUUUCGGCAAAUGAAACGCUUCCGUUUACAGACCGAUGCGGACAUCGAUGACCACCUGUUGGAACCGCUCACUCACUGCAAGACAUUAACGCAUUUAGAGCUGCAUUUAAAGCGAAUGACACCAAAUGUGUUGACAGAUUUGCAUCAAUACUGUUCACAACUUCAAUAUCUAUACAUUGAUGACAUGAAUAGCAUUAUAGACACCGAGUGUUUGGAUCACAUCUCAAGACUACCGGCGCUGCAAAAGUUUGUCAUUAAAAGGCGCCGUAAGACGACUUUCAGUGAUAAUACUGUUCAGAAGUUUUUGGCGAAAAGUCCUAAACUGGUGUCCAUUAAAAUUGUGUAA